AUGUCAUCCUCCCCGAAAGUCCUUCCACCGGGCAUUGGACCUUCGGAGCAUCGCCAAUUCUUCGAUGAACUUGCCAAGGUCGUGGGCGAUGAAAACAUCUCACGCGAUGCAUCAACAGGCGCUUUAGUUGGUCCUCAUCAGCAACAAAGCUACGGCGAUCCAUACGCCAUUGCCAAUCAAGAUCAGCACUUGCCUAGUGGUGCCGUUCGACCGGCAUCUGUACAGGAGUUACAGCAGGUUCUACGACUGGCAAACGAACUCUCAGUCCCUCUGUGGACGGUGUCCCGCGGUAGAAAUCUUGGCUAUGGUGGUUCGGCACCUGCUGUGGCGGGGAGUGUGGUUCUUGACUUGCAUCGAAUGAACCGCAUAGUGGAGGUCAACGAGGCGGAUGCGUAUGCCAUUGUCGAGCCGGGAGUGUCUUUUUUUGACCUCUAUGAAGAGAUCAAACGUCGUGAUCUCGCGCUCUGGCCGUCUUGUGCCGCCAUCGGAUGGGGAUCUGUCGUAGGUAACACGCUGGACCACGGCUUCGGUUAUACACCCGACGGAGUGCACACAGAGGCGCAGUGCGGCAUGGAGGUUGUACUUCCUACAGGCGAGCUUUUGCGUACUGGAAUGGGUGCUAUGACUGACAGUCGGCUCUUUCCUCUUUACAAAGCGGGAUUUGGGCCAAGCGUAGAUGGUCUUUUCUACCAAUCAAACCUAGGCGUGGUUACCAAACUAGGCAUCCAUAUCACCCCGGCACCCGAGGCGUAUACCGCUUGUGAGCUUAGCGUACCAAACGAGACAGACCUCCCCCAACUCGUAGAGCUCCUUGCCAGUCUUCAACGACGGGGCGUAGUCACCAAUCACCCCUCCAUUUCUAAUGUUUUCCGCCAGGCUAUACUGUCCCCGAACGAGGCUGUUAAAGCAAAGCUGGCAACGCAUUUUGGUCCUGGCAAGGCCGUCCCGGAGAGCGUUCUGGAUGAGCUAAAGUCUAACCAAUGCUGGGGAUUCUGGAGAGCCGAGUUCGGUCUGCAAGGCGACGCGGACGUGGUGCCGGCCCUGGAGAGUUCACUGCGUCGAGCCAUGGCCAAGAUUCCUGGAGCUCGGCUUGAAACUCGGCAGUUUGGUGGUACCCCAGGAGAGUUCCUUCGGGCAGACAAAGUCGAAACCAGAGGUAUCCCCCAUAAUGGUGUUCCGACGCUGGAGGCACUGUCACUGAUGGACUAUCGCCUUGCGGCCGGAAGCGGACAUACAGACUUCGCCCCAGUCCUCCCUACAUCAGGCCCUGAAUUGCUCGAAUGGUACCUUGCAGCAAAGGAGAUGGUCUCCGAAGCCAAGUUCGACUUCUUUGCCGAUUUCCAUGCUUACUCUCGAUACAUCAUUCCAAUUAUUUUGAUAGUAUACACCCCUGAGGAGAAGGAACGGGCGAAGGAACUCUGCCAGAAGCUGAUUGAUGAUGCUUUUCAUCGAGGGCUGACUACCUAUCGAACUCACGUUGAGUUCAUGGACCAAAUCAGAAGUCACUUCUCGUACAAGGAGCAUGCCCUUGCCAAGCUUGUUGAUAGCUUCAAGGCCACUAUGGAUCCCAAAAACAUUUUGUCGCCUGGAAAAUCGGGCAUUGCACGUGCUAAACAGAAGAUUUAG